AUCGCGACUGUCCUGAAAAUCCCCGUUGGUCAAAUCGUUAUGUUCAACGUAUUUUAUGAAAUAUUUGCGUUGUGCACGUCGAUCGUCGCUGAAACGCCUAACGGCAAAAUCCUGGCCGGCAGAAACUUGGACUUUGGCCUGCUCCUUGGUACGAAAUGUUCGUUUGUUGGUUUUGGUCGCAUUGUUUUGAGGGUUUGUGAUAGUCGUUUCUCUGCCAGCACCCCCACUCACGGCAAGUUUUGUCCCACAAUUUACAGUGAUCGAUCGGAGACUUCCGGAUGA